CAGCUAACAGCGGGGUUGCUACCAUAUAAAACUCGCGGGCUGCACUAACAUUUAACUUUCAUAUUAAGGUGGGGGCCACAAAAUAUCGUCCCGAGGGCCGCAAUUGGCCCGUGGGCCGCGAGUUUGAGACCCCUGAUUUAAACUGAUUGCUGACAAUGUGAAGGCAGCAUAAUCGUCGCCAUAGCAACAGGACGCCAUUAGGCAGCAGGAUAACGCCCCUGCCCCUUUUCUUAGAGUUUUGACCGUGGUCACAUCGGUGUUUUUUUUGUAAAGUUAGUGAACGUCAAGUAGAAAACUGCAACAGGAGCGCGACACGUCGAGAAAACUGCGUCGAAGAUGCCGGUGCUAAUAACGGACUACGUAUGGACACAGACGGACUCCACGGUCUGCUUAAGUGUGCCACUAAAAGGAACGAAAGUUAGUCACGUGGACAUCCUGUCUACAGAUGAAUACCUGAAGGUGCAUUACCCACCAUAUCUGUUUGAAGCCUUCCUAUUUGAACCUGUUGAUGACGACAGAAGCACUGCAAAGGUCGGAGAUGGAGUUGCAGUUUUUAGUAUGCCAAAGAGAACCAAUAAAGUCUGGGAGCAUCUGAUGAAAGCUACAAAUAAUAAAGAAAAGAAGGAGGUCAGAGAAAGGUCUUUGUUGACGUACCAGGAGAAGCGCUCUGCACAGUCCAUAUCAAAGGCAAAGAAACAACAUGCAGAGAAGAAAUAUGCACUGGAGAAAAUGAUGAAGCUUGAAAAGGAGAAAAUAGACGGUAUCCAGAAAAUCAAGGAGGGAGAGCGAGAGAAAAGCAAAGCAGAGUUGACCGCAUGGAAACUGAGACAAAAACAAAGAGCAGAGCAAGAAGACCAACUCAAAGUCUACAGUCAGGGACAGAAUCAAGACGGACUGCAAAGCACAACAGAGAAGCAGCAAAAUGGCUUUUCUCAUAGAGCAAGUUUUAAACAGGAUCAACGAAGUGAGAGUGAAGCAAAGAGCAAGAGCAAACAAAAGGAUCUGCCUGCUCCGAGACUUGUUGGAAACAUCGAAGUCACAUUCACCCUGCGGCUUUUUCCAACAGCCCUGAGGGAAUCAAAAGUGAUAGAGGAGGAAGAGUGGCUCAAACAACAAGCUGAAUCCAGGCGUACCGGGAGUGUAGCUGUAGAAGAGCUGGAGGACCUGAAGGAGGAGCAGAGGAAUCCUGAUUGGUUGAAGGACAAAGGGGACAAAUGUUUUGUGAGUGGGGACCACCUUGGGGCAGUGAACGCGUACAGCCUGGCUAUCAGGCUAAACAGAAAGAUCCCAGCUCUAUAUUCAAACAGGGCUGCCUGCCAUCUGAAGUUAAAAAACCUUCACAAGGCCAUUGAGGACUCCUCUCAGGCACUUGAUCUGUUAACUCCACCAGUUGCCGCCAAUGCAGCAGCCAGAACUAAAGCCAAUGUCCGCCGAGGAUCUGCCUUCUGCCAGCUACAGCUCUACGCAGAAGGCCUACACGACUACCAAGCUGCUCUAAUGAUUGAAUCUGACAACGAAGCGCUGCAAGCAGACACGCAGAGAAUCAUAGACAUUAUUCAAGGCACUGCAACGAGCCCCUAGUCACGCUGAAACACAAGCUGCUGUGAAUAUAGAAUAUAGAUGUAUAUUGUUGGUGUUAUUUGUGUGUCACCCAAAGGCAAUUCAUAUUGCAGCCUUUUCUGUAAACUAAUAUGGAAGUUCACUGCAUCUCAGUAAAUUCAGUACAUGAAUAAAAUUAAGUAGUACAUUAAACAUAUUCUGGGAGAGAAAGAGAAUCACACUUUUAUAGUUAUAACACCCGUUCACUCCGAGCAGCACAUGACCGCUGCCUUUAAUCUUGCAAACUUUAUUAACCUUAUCCAUGAACAGUAAUAAAAUACCAAGUACUUCCAGUUCCUUUCCUCGAACCACAUCCAUUUUUUAACUCAGUCAUACCACUUCUGUGGUAGUUUAGACCAUGGUUGGUUUUCAAUGGGUGAAGAAAUUGUGUUGUGUGAUUCAACAAUGACGUUGGGGUGAAAGGAAAAGGGAGCCCCAUGCUACCCCACUGCAGUCAAUCAAAUUUUAUUUAUACAGUGAUUUAUUUAGGUUUAUAUCAAAGAUGAACCAGAGUAUAUAGCGACUGUUACAGUUAAAUUAGUCUCAUGCUGUACUUGUGAUCAUUGUCAUCCACUGAAACUCAAACUCAAUGUUUGGUGAUUCUCAAGUUAUCAGUACCCCCGAUAAAAUGGGUAUGAAAAUUCUCCCACAAUUUACGAAGAUAAAAACACACCACAACAAUUAUAAUCUAGAAAUAAAAUAAUCAGGGUUAUAUUUGUAUUAUUAGUAGGCAUCUCUACAGCAUUUCAAGGGCAAAGUAUAAGCUUGUCUGCUUGAUCAUUAUUGCCUAUUUGAUUACUGAGACCUCCUGAUCACUUUUUAAAUUUGAAUUUCCAACAUUCUGUGUACUGUGUGUAUCGUUCCUUUUAAUAUUCUUUUUUUUUUUACUUUGCUCUCUUCACUGGUUAAUAGUAGCUUCCCACAUUCACUUCAAAACACUGGUACUCACUCUGAAUGUAUCGGGUCCAGUCUACAUCUAGGACAUGGUCAAACCUUACAUCCAUAUCCGCUAUGCAUCUGCCAAACUGCUUGGGCCUCCCUUACUGAGAACAAAACACUUGACAAGAUCACAACUCAGCAGAGAGCCUUUACAUAUUCCGCCACAAACUAAAGACACAACACUAUACCUUGAGUGAAAACACUAACAAAUUGGAGCACUUAAAUUGUACUUACAGUUUUUCUCAAUUGUUUACACACAAAUACUGGUACUUGACACACAAUGACCACAACAUGUAACUCAUGCACCAACCCCCUGAACCAAUUCUGCUAAACUACAAGCACAAUUCUUGCUUUACACUCAAAUUGCAGUUCUAAAACACACUUUUUUCAAAACACUACACACAAUUCUCUCCACAAUUUUCAUGAAGAAAAUUUUGUUUUCACAAGAAAAACACUGUCAUUCAAAAUUCUAAAGAUUCUUAUUCCUUCUGAAGCCUGUAAACCCAUGAAUCUCCUUUUUCCCAGAGGGCAUCUGCCUUUUGGCAAUUUCCCUACUAUGCACACAGACUCAUCACAUGGGCAAACACCUGUCACACAGUGUUACAAUUAGGAAUCAGAGCUUUAGCAUAAAAGGGCAACAGGUGAGCUCUUCUGUUUUGGAGCAAUGGAUGCCAACAUUAGAAACAGAGCCAGAGGAGUGAGAGUAAGAGGAGGAGGACAAAGACGAGGAAGGCCAAGGAACUUAAACUCUGAUGAGAUCCAAGCCACUUUGGUUGACCAAAGCUAUGGAGGAAUUCUUUUCUGCCUGGAGAUGGAAAGUGUAUGACCGGAAGACACAUGUGGAGAUAUAGCAGUUGAUGCUUUUCAUGGCUGGAUUCGACAUUCUAAGCAAUAUUUCCCCCACUGCUUGGCCAGGGAAAACAUUGCUUGUGAUGUGGAUGAGGUGCUGUGGAACAGACCGGAACAGAAGAGAGGAUGCAGCAUAGUUUUUUACUGUAACUGUAUACAGUAACAUUCUUCUGUUGUUUUGGAUGUAGACCACUGUAUGUGCAACUUUGUGUUGGUUGGGAUGUACACUGUGUCCAUGUCACGACCGGACGGUGGACGGGAACCCAAAUGCACGACUCACACAACGUGGUGCGAAAAAAGAAUCAAAGUUUAUUAACAAAAGGGCAGGGCAUGGCCGCUGAAAUAAAAAUCACUCGUGGGCGAGGAAAAACCGAUCUAGAGACAAAAACUGAAAGCAGGCUCAAUUAAGGUGUCGACAAAAAACGAGGCAAGACUGUGGACAUACGUAACGCUGGCACGGUGGCUUGGGACAAGACGAACUGGCACAGGACAGAGGGGGACUCAGACAAUAUAUACACACACAUAGGGGAAGUGCACAGGUGGAGACAAUCAGGGGAGGGGCGGCAAUCACACCGACACAAGAGGAAGGGGAAAGUUGCCUGAAACAAGGGGAAGGUUCAUUUUCCAAAAUAAAACAGGAACUCACGAGACGGACACGAGACAACCUAACUAACAUCUUUUUCUGGACAUGACAGUCCAUUGUUUUCGUGGGGGAAAAUAAAAUAUAUUUGUUACCAUGUAUUUGUGUGUUCUGAGUAUAAAAACAAUAUUUUACAACACAUAUGUAUGUACUGUCUGUAGUAACACUAAACAAAAAAAAGGUCAAAGUCUUUUUGAUGAAUGGAGAAUUGUCCAUUCAUCAUAGUGUUUUAAAUUGAGCACAUCAGUGUUCAACUGGUUCUUAUAAAAGUCUAUUCAUAUGAUGGUUUGUGUAUGUCAUUUGAAAACAAAUUACAUUGUUUUGAAUGUAAAGUUUAAUUUUGCAGGAGUAUUGAGGGGCUUUGCCCAUUGUGUGUGUGUGUUUUUUGAUUUGUGUGUAGAGUUCUGAGAGUAUGAGGCAUGCUGUAAGAAAAUGUGUGUAAACAAUCGAGAAAAACUAAUUUAGGUUGGAGUGAUAUAGCGAAUGAAUGAAUACCUCACGUUAAAUUACAUUUCUUAUUGUGCUAUGUGUAAGGUACACACAGUGCCUCCUGCAGAUCUGGUUCUGGCACAGGUAAGUUACCUGUAACAUGCCAAUCCUUCAAAAGGUGACUAGUGUCGACAAUAGUACCUCGGUCAGAGAGAACCAAGCCCAUAGGAUUGAUUUAAAUUGUGUCAUUGAUGCGUAACUAAUAGAGAUGAGCGAGUACAGCAUUAUCUGUAUCUGUAUCUGUUGAACCAUAUAAAUUAUCUGUAUCCGUAUCUGUACUCGGAUGGGGCAGGGCCUAACCCGAAAGUGGGCAGGGCUUACCCCGUAAGUUGUCGGGUUGUCUUGAAAUGGGCUGGGCUUUAACCGUUAUGCUAUUUUUAAAGCAUGCAAUUGACCCUUCGUAGGGAGCUUGAUUAACAGGUGAUAUGACCAAUCAUACAAUAACUUUAAAAACAGUGUACUGUACUGACGCAUUUCUGCGGUUAAAACAGCAUUCCUUCUUAAUUCUUCUGUUCAUUGAUGUUAAUCACUCAUUAUUCUGUAUCACUGAUGAUGAUGAGAGAGAGGGGAAGUGUGUGUGUGUGUGUGUGGCUUAAUUUGUUAAAAAAAUCUCUGACACGCAAUGCCAGUCGCAUUCUUCAGCACCACGUCUUAACAAGCCCCACGUUUACCUGAACUCUACUAGUUAAGAACAACAAACCGAUGUAAAAAAAAAGAAACCUGAAGCCGAAGAAAUCCUUUAAAUCUAUCGGGAAAGACCCGCGAACCUGAUGACUGAGGGAGGGAGAGAGGAGUUCUGUGUAUUGUUAGGGAAGAAUUUGGUGAGCAGCAUGGGUGUGAGUCCCUCAGGACUGUGGGGUGACCCUUCUUGGGUCACCUUGACCUGUCCGAGGCUAAAUAGAGAGGCCAGCAGAUGCCUUGACUGAUCCAUAUCCUGUGUGUUAUUUGUUUUCUGGGUUGAUGAUUGACGGGGCGCCAUCAAGGGGGGUCAGGGGUGUUGACUUACGACCUAUGGGAAUUUUCCUCUAACUCUGUCCUGAGGGUUAAGGGGGGGUGACAGGGGUCCUUUUCCAGAAAGGUAUAAAAACUCUCUGUACCCCUCUCCCCUUUGUCAGAUCUUCCUGCUCCUCUGAGGGAGAAGGAACAAUCUUUCCCUUUUCGGCUGAAUUGUAGUCAUUUGACUUCUGUCUGUACUUACGGCUUGUGUUGAUGAUUUCUGUAUUCCUUUUCAUUUUUCUAUAUGCUAGUUAGUAAUAAAUACUUAAUCAUAAAGCGAGUUCAAGAUACUUUUGAUUUCUCACAAGGCUUCAAUCCACAAAUUUCCA